GAGUUUAUUAACACAGCUAGCUAGAGAGAUGGCUGGCUUGAAGUCCCUGACUCUCUUUGCAUUCCUACUACUUGUUCUGUCUUCUAUUGUUGCUGAGAGCCGAGUAGCAAGGCAGGACUUGGGAUUAGACUUGGGUGGUGUGGGAGUUGGAACUGGUGUUGGUAUUGGCCUUGGCUUAGGUGGUAGUGGCUCAGGCUCAGGCUCUGGUUCUGGGUCUGGUUCUGGUUCUGGUGCUGGGUCGUCAGCAGGUUCUUCUGCCGGUUCAGGUGCUGGCUCAGGUGCUGGGUCCUCCGCUGGGUCUGGGGCUGGUUCAGAAUCUGGUAGUGGUCAAGGACGUGGAGCUGGAUCUGGUUCAGGCUCUGGUGAAGGCCAAGGCCAAGGUCAAGGAGAAGGGUCUGGUACUGGAUAUGGUGAGGGCUACGGGGAGGGGCAUGGGGAGGGCAGCGGUUCAGGAAAUGGGUCUGGUUAUGGUGCAGGUCGUGGGUCUGGGUCGGGUUAUGGAAGUGGGCGUGGAAAGUGAGCAAUUUGAGAUUUA